AUGCUAUUUGUCACAGAACAAAAAUUCAUCAAUAUCUCCCAUCCUCGCAAACUGCUCUCCCUCAUACAGGAUUAUGAACUCAAAUUCCGUCCUGACUCUCCCAUCACUCAAAAAGCCAUGGAAAGUCUGGGAUAAGAUCGUUAUCACUUUCGUCGAAAGUUUCAUUUGUGAUCUGACUCAUCUAGGAAUAAGUUCGAGUUGCAUUAUCACUUUGACAUCCACAAACUCCCCUAUACUGAAACAGACCUAUAGAAGGCCUAUCUAAAUUACUUGAGGGAACUCAUCAGUAUCUAUCAUACAUAUCUAUCUUAUAGUGGAUUACUAGAAUCUCUUUGAUAACAGGAAACGAAUCAAGGCUGAUUUUGAAAGGAGAAAGAGAGAAGAAGACGAACUCAGAGGCUAGUAUAUUCAUAUUUCAAACUUAGUAAGUGGCCAGAACCUGCUCUAACCAGAAGGGUUAUAAACCCCUCAGUUGAAUACUUCACUUUGGAUCAGAGAUUGCAAUUCAUUGAAGAGGAGAGGAACAAAGAACAAAAAAUCAAUGAUUGCUUUGCGAAAGAGGCAAUUAGGUAGGAAUUGGACAGAAGACUCAAGUUACAAGAAAACUAGUAAAGGGAAGAAAAACGACUUGCUUCACGUAAAGAGACCUUUGAAAAUCUCAAGAAGAAAGCAGCAUUGGAGAAUAAGAAAGUGAAUGAGAAAUUAUAAACUCACUAACAAAAAGUCAGGGAACAAUUAGAAAAUGAUUUUCUUAAUUCAAAAUCUAUUCAAAAGAAAAUGGAAGACAAGUAAGACUCUUUGUUAUAUUAUCCCUUUAGAGAAUUGACAAUUCAAUAACAACGAACUAAAAUGAUAUCUGAGAUUGCCUCUCGCAAUCGUAAGUUAGAAGAUAAGAUUAAUCACUUUAAAGAUGAUUUCGGUAAUCGUUUGAUGGAAGAUCUUGUGAGAAAACAACACGCUUUAGAAUUAUCAAUGAACAAACGAUAGAAGACUGCAGAACAAAUGGAAAAAAAUAGAUUGGAAAAGCAAUAGUACUUUGAAUAGAAAUUGAGCAACAUCAAUCUAAAAAUUAAGUAAGAAAGAGAAGAAAAGGAAUAUCAAUUAUUCAAUAAAGUUGGUUAGAAACUAUCCAAAACAGAGAAAUUGCUAGAAGAACAUGAACAGUUACUUUUGAAAAUGUCAUAAGCCAAAAAGAAUGAACAUUAAUCAAGAUUCUCAAAGUAGAGGGAAAGAUAUAAGCAAUCAGAAGAAAAACAGUAAGAAAAAAUUGAAGAAUGGGAUGAGAAAUUAAAAAGCAUUUAAGAUAGAAUUGAAAAGUUUUAAACCAAAAAAAGUGAAGAAUGGAAAUCUUUCAAAGAACAAAGGAUUUAAAAUCAAAAAGAACACUUAGAACUUAUUCAAUUUAUUAAGAAGAAGAAGGAAGUAAUCAAAGUUAUUAAUACUAGGAUAAACAUUAAAAGCAAUAAUUAGAAAGCUUAAAUAAGGAUUAAAACAAAUUCAAAAAGAGGAAGGAUGAAUAGGAAUACAUUCGUACUUAUCUAACUAUUUCCAAGUAGAAGUUUCAAUAGAUCACUUAAACUUAGAAGGGAGAAUUAGUUAAUUUGCAAUAUUCCUCACCUCUUGAGUUGCUAAAGUAAAUGUAGUUAUUAUACAAUUAGUAAAUUAAAAGAUCUAGAAGAUGAAGAAGCCUUUGCAGAUAUUCAAUAAAAAUACAAGUAGAUUGUCAAAGUCCCAGAAAAACAACCUGUAGAAUGA